CCUGUCUCCUCUCCCGCUCCGUAGCGUCCGCUCAGUGUCCGUUUCUCGGAGGCCGGUCCCGGUCCGUCCGUCGGGGCGGCCCGAGGUCCCGGGGAGGGAGCAGGGGGCGGGUGGUGGCGGCCCGUCCGGUGGCUGGACGGCCCGGGGCCCGUCCCUCCGCCUGCCUUUUGUUCCCGGCCUCGGCCGGCCCUCUGACCCUCCCUCCUCCUCUGGCCGGUCCCGGGCCCUCGCCCUCCCUCCGCCCAGCGCCCCGACCCCGAAGACCAACCUCCCAACAUGGCUGAAAUCGGGAUCGACCAGUCCAAGCUCCCCGGAGUCAAAGAAGUGUGCCGAGAUUUUGCUGUCCUAGAGGAUCAUACACUGGCCUACAGUCUACAGGAACAGGAGAUUGAGCAUCAUUUGGCAACAAAUGUUCAGCGGAACCGCUUGGUUCAACAUGAUCUACAGGUGGCCAAGCAGCUGCAAGAAGAAGAAGACCUGAAAGCAAGAGCACAAAUCCAGAAACGCCACAAAGACAUAGAACAGCAGGAUUGUGAAAUAGCUCAGGAAAUCCAAGUGAAACUCGUGAUUGAAGCUGAGCGACGGCGCAGACAGGAAGAGAAAGAUGAGGAUAUUGCUCGCCUAUUACAAGAGCGGGAAUUGCAGGAAGAGAAGAAAUGGAAGAAGCACUAUUCAGGACCCCCAGGGACCAAUGCUUAUGAAGAAGACUACUACCCUGAAAAUGGAGACCACCCAAGGUCAGGGAGGACCAGGGAACUUGUUUAUGAGUCCCCGAGGCCCCGCAGACCCUUGAACUACGACACGCCUGUGAGGCGGCGAAAGGAGGAGCAAAAUACAGCACCCAGCGUUUGGGAAGAAUCCAUGGAUCCUGCCUCUGAGAUUUGUCCAUCAUCGGCUGGGCGGGUCAAGUUCAGAGACCAGGCCAACAGAGAACAGCGGGAGCAGAAGCAUUCUGGCCGUGAAAGGCCACAGAGACCUCCCUUGCCUAAGAUCAGCGGAGAGGUUUUCCUGAGCCCUGAGUUCAAUGACUGGGAGUCAAGCGACAGUAGGUUACGGAACUCAGAUAAACACCGGUCACAUCACCAAGACCGUCAUUCUCCGAAGCCCUCACCGAAACCUAGGUCUCAGGAUAAGGAAGACACAUGUAAGAGGGAUCAUGGGCCGGGUGUACACAGAGAUAAGAGAAAAGGACAGAGGCCUGGGACUCCUCCCUCCUCACAGAAGGAGGCCCGGGAAAGGGAUCACGAAUACCUCAGUGACCCAGGAAUAAAGCCAAAGGGGACAAAAGAAGCAAUCUCUUCCCAAUCUCGAGUGGCCCACAGGGAUCAAGAGUUAUAUGAUGCAGAAAUAGCUAGGAAACUGCAAGAGGAAGAACUUAUGGCUAAUCAGAUUGAUAAGAGAGCAGCUCAAGUAGCCCAGGAUGAGGAAAUUGCUCGGCUGCUGAUGGCUGAAGAGAAGAAAGCAUAUAAGAAGGUGAAGGAAAGGGAGAAGUCCUCAUUAGAAAGGAGAAAGCAGGACCCAGAGUGGAAGUUUACUGAACCCGUCCGCCCAAAGUCAAGAGAGAGUCAUGAACCUCAUCGGUCCAAGAACGAUAAACCAGCACGGCCACCACCUCCUUCUAUACCUGAUGCUGAAGAUUUGGACUAUUCCUUUUUCACACACCACCAGCCUAGUUCCACCCGUCCAUUUCCAAAACCUGAACCAUCUCAUAAAGGUCAUCGUUACAAGCAGUAAAAACAUAGGACUCUGCCUCAAAACUAACUGUAGCAAAUAUAUUUACCGGAAUACACAGGAUGGAUUCUCCAUUUCUUCUCCUAGAUUUCAAUUCCCCGGACUUUUUUUUUUAAUUUCUUUCUGUCCAUAUGUGAUAUUCAUUUCAAGGUUCUAGUUAUUUAUGAACACUCAGAAAGUAGAAUAAAAUCUAGCUUCUUGAUAUUUGGUCAACUCCACAUUGUGUGUGUAUAUAUAUAUAUUUGUGAUUGGCAAUUUACCAGUUGACUCCAUUGAAGAAGUUGAUUCUGUUUAGGUACAAAACCUGAGUAACUGGGAGUUAGAUUUUAUGUAGCGGUUUUUAUGGUGAGAAAUAGACAGAGUAAGACAUGAUAUUUGGUUGUGACAAUGCAAAAUAAAUUGCUGAAAGAAAAUGUUCUGUUUGUUGUGCAUUGAAUCUAUAAUAUCAUUGAUAGGUAAUACUUUCUGUACUCUUCAGGAAUCUGUCUUUUUCCAGAAGAAAACAAAACGCAAAAAAUUUGGAGCAAUUGUAGUCUUUGGUGCUGAAUGCUAUAAAGAGGAAAGGUUUCAAAACACUUAAAAGCUCUCCCAGGGAAAGUGGCCUAGAUAUGACUUUACAAACCGCAGCUCUGCUGUCAAUAAGAAACAAGACUUUACGCUCUGGGCAAUGAGCCAUCUACCUUAUUAUUCAUCGGCAUGCAUCUAAACUAUGAAAUUUCAGCUUGUCUAUGCAAGCCACUAUAAGUCGUAACAUCUUACUGGAAGGUGUUCUCCUUUUAUUGAUAAAGCUAUAGAUGCUGGAAUUGGAGGAGAGGGAAAAGGUAGUCUUGAAGCUGCCUAUAUGUAGAAAUACUUCUCCGCAUCUCUCUCUCUUAUCUUACCACCUAAUUUAUUGGGGAGGAAAUGGUUGCCCUCCUCUCAAGAAGAAAUUCCUUCUUGCCAAGGAGAAGCUUUUCUGACCACACUGGACAGCAGCUUUUUAAGAACACUUCUUUAGAACUGAAAGAUCUUUUAAAGCCAUUCCGAGGGCCAGGUCUAUAACUCUGGUGUUGUAUGAAGCUAGUAAAGCUUAAGCAACUUUUGAGGCUAGAGACCUCAGGGGUGUGUGUGUGUGUGUAUGUAUACAUUACACAUAUGUAUAAUAUUCCACUAGAUUGUAAGAUUCUUGAGGUCAGGAUUUGUGUCUGCCAAAUCUUUUGCACUCUCCCAAGUGCAUAGUACAGUGCCUUGAAUACAGAAAAUGCUCAGUGAUAUUACUGACUGCUUGAUUAUAUAUUUAUAUCUAUAUCUAUCUAGGCAUAGAUAUGUAGAUAUAAGCACCGUCAAAUCAUCAAAUUUAUGUUCCUUUUCUAAGUAUAUUCCAUAUGCAUUUUUAUACCCCACAGAAAUUAAACUGGAAUUGUCCUCAUGGAAAUACAAACUAUGGAAAAGAAUCAGUAUUACAUUUAAAUGGAAAUUGAGAAAUAUGUGUACAUAUGAUUCUUGAUUGGUUUAUGUUUAUUUUGCAUUGUCUGCCUCAGGCACAUUGCCGUGUGAAAAUGGGGAAAAAAUUACUGGAUGAAAUACGACUGUAAAACAAUUUAUUGUACUGCCCUUUUCCCAUUAAGAAAUGCCUAGUCCAAAAACAAUUUCAAAUGGGGUUUUUACAAUUUCCUGGUCUUAGGAAAUUUUUUAGAGCGGUGUUUACGAAAAGGAGGGUUGAGGACACUUUUGGAUUAUGAAUAACUAAAGUAUCCCCAGUGUCAGGGAAAUCAUCAGGCUGGGGGAUCUGUCCCAGUAAAUUGUGUAAGGGCAAGGAUUUAGGACCUGGAAAUGGGGAAAAAGGAACGAAGCAUUUUUUUUUUGUAGUAGAGCAGUGGGAAAAGGAAAAAUGAGUCUACAGAGAGGCUGUGAGGAUAAUAUUACCUGUAAAGCAAGAGGAGAAAUAUUUUCUUGCUAAACGCUGCAAUCUGAACUACUCCAAGGAAUCCUCAGCAUGAAAAUUCUUGAGGAACGUUGACCUACAGUGAUGCUAGAUUUUACUUUACUUACCACGUGAUAUGUGUGCUAUGGUUUUGGAAGUGUUCAUAUGAUUUUCAAGAAACAAAACGAAUAGUGUAUUUUUUUGUUCAUAAUCUGGCAAAUGACCAAUACCAUUUACACUGUUUUUCUUUUAUAAAUUUUUAUUUUUUAUAUUUCACUCAGUCAAAAUUAUACUUUAAAAAAAUUCCAUGUUUCCCUCCCUUCUGUAAUUUCUCUGACUGUAUUUAUUAUUGUGAUAUUUAAACUGCGGAUAUGUCAGUCACAAGUUACAUGACUAAAUUAACAAAUACCAAAUUAUUCAAUAGCCUCAGGGUUUUUUGACCAAGGCAAUUAUUUCCCCUGUGAAAAAUUAAAUUGCAUCUAUUUUAAACAAUUGUGAAUCUCAAAGGGUGAAAACUGUAUCAUCUUACUACUCUCUGUGUUUUAUGCUAAAACGAAGGCAUAUUUUCUUCAGAAGAUGAGAGCAGUGUAAAAAAACCCCCCCAAAACACCAAUUGAUUCUUUAUUCCCUUUCCAGUUAAAGUACCAAGUUUAUUCCAGCAAACUGCUAAGUAGUUGAGACAGUUGUCAUGCAUGUCCCUUUUUUUGAGAUGCAUUCUAUCUCAAAAUAUAAAUAUUUCAUUGAAUUUUUCAUUUUAAACCCAUCAGAAUAUGGUAAAACAUGAGUUUAUGGGCAAAUGCUAUAUUUUACCUUAUUUACAAUUCAUCUUAUUACAGUUUAUAAAAGUUUUAUAUAUCCAUUCCUUGGUGGUCAUGCUCUAUAAAUAACCCUAUUUCUAUUUCUGACUGAAGCACAAUUUCUUACUGUUUCUCUGAAAAGUAAGAUAAAUAUGCAGUAAGGCUGCCUGGCUCCUGUACCCUUCCAGUCUAUCGUUCUUGCAUAACCCAACUAAUAAUCUGCCAUAUUAACAGCAUUCUGGAGCUUUACUACUGUUAAGAAUAUCAUUAACCAGGGGCAGCAUAUAGACAUUAUUCAGAAGUUCUGAUUAUUUUUUUUUUCUUUAAAAUUAAAACCUUUCUAUCAUUAUUAUCAUUCAUGAAGAAUCUACUGUGUGCAGAGCACUGUAUUAAUUGUUAGACUUGUGUCUUCCCAGUGAUUUCUCCAUUGGGGCCAGAGAAUAGUAUGAACAAAGUUUUAGGAUACUUCAUUCAAGCAGAAGAGUCCUUGAGAUUUGAGACAGUGUCAGUCAUGCCAUCUGAAUUGCAUAAUAGCAUCUGAGUGAUAUGCAGAACAUCUCAGUUUAAAGUUGGAAGGGAAGAAGGGGUUGUUUUCCUGCCAAGUGGCAUGGAAGCUGUAGUUAUCCUUGGCUUCCUUUCUGGGUUUGUCCUUCCUCCACUGAUCCAAGAACCAAGCAACUAACAGUACAGUUCUGAAUGAUUUGAUAAACUCAUUCUCCCAUCCCUACUUUUUAAGGAUUUCCAAUUGUAGAUAAAUUCAGUUUUCAGUGAAAAAGCCAGUUUGGGGGCUUUUCUUUUUAAAGACAUUUGAUGGCCUCCUGCCAACUUUGUCACAUGCCAAAUUUUUCUUUCAAAACUGCCACUGUAUCUUAGGAUCCUUAUUCAAUUUACUGCGAUUGUUGGGUUUAACUUGCUAUUCAGGGGUUGUAUUUUUAAAGCAUAUUACCUAAGCAUAGGCUAACUGUAUAUACUGUAUAGAUUAUUGUUUUAAUUCCCAAUUUAUACCAAACAAAAGAUGCAGAGCAAAACCAAGAGCAUACACAUAAUCUGCUGCUUAUGGUGGCAAAAUCUCCAUCUUCUCUACUGGAACCCUUUACAAUCAUUCCUAAAAGAUUGAGAAUGUAAACAGGAAUCUGGUAAUGUCCGUGGAAAUGUGAUAUUUGUGAGCAUCAGACCAGGAGCUUCCAAAAUAGAACUGUGUUGAAAAUGUUGAGGUGGGGUUUCCCUAUAUGCAUUAUGUAUUGUUCUGAUAGCCAAUGCUUUUCUUUUUGGUAAAUUAUUCAAAACCAAGUAUUCUGAGGAAGGAGAAAAAGACACAAUUAAAAUAUCAUUUUAUCUCUCCAGUAUGCUUAUAGUCAGAAAAGUGACUGUGUAAAAAUCGUCCCUCAUUUCUCCUUAUAUCUGGUACCUGUGGGUCAUUAAGCCAUAUUUGCUUACCUUAUUGACACCAGCAAAUAUUUACUUCUCUUAGCACUGCACAGCAAAUACAGCUAAGGGGAAACAAACUGAACUUUGUCCUAUUGAUGCUGCAUGCCACUGAAGAUAUCAUCUAAAUUCCUAUGGAAGACUCUUUAAUAACUAUGAUGUUGUAAGAAUGUGGAGGGAAACGGAUGGAUUUUUCAUUUGAAGCUGAGUUUAAGGCACCCACAUUAAAAUUCAGCCUUCUGAAAUGCAGAAAAAAAUUGGAUCUCAGGAUAGCACUGUGUGUGUGAAAGAGUAAACUGGGACAAUCUUAAUUCUACAAAGUCACUUUUCUGAUGAGAACCACACUUUAAGACAACACAUGUCUGUGGAGCAGUAUUGCCUUAAAUGAGUUUGACUUUCAGGUCAAGCAAUAUUGAAGUUCCUCAUUGCGAACUAUAACAGUGCCCCAUUAUCCAUGCUAAUGGAGAACAAGGAUUUCUUAGAAUAAUGAAAACCACAGAUAAUCCUCAAACCUUAUUUUUCCCCAUUAAUUUCAACACAACCUUUGCUAGAGCUAGUAAUAAGCAGCAAAAUGGACAGAUAUCCAUUUCACCUCUUCGUUUCAUUGCCCUUGCUCUCAAGGAAGUGACAAUUAGUUGUAAAUUGGUUGAAAGACUCAGAACCAGAGAGAAAGAGGAGAAGCCGGGACUGAAAUAAUCUAUACAUGUGUGGGGGUCAGUCCCUGAAAGAUAUCAUUGCCUGUACACGUAAUUUUUCCUUAACCUCCAUAUCUCUCUUCAGUUCGGAUCCCAUUCACCUCUCAUAAAAGUGGAAAAAAAAAAAGAAAAACCAAUGCAAAACUAAAGUCAGUUGAAAGUUUCAUGGUAUGAAAACUGUGUUAUUUCUGAUUUUUUUAUGUGAAAAAUGCCCAAAGUAACAAUUUCUGCUAGAAGGGAUCAAACUGAAGAUGUCUUUAAAGCAUCUCUUUUCUAGCACAGAUAACUGUGCCUCUCAUUGUGAAAAUAUUUUUUUUGCUAUAAUAAUUACAAAUCGUAUAGCAAUUUAGGACUUUGCACUAAUGUUUUCUUGCUUAUUUGAUAAAAAGUCAUUGUUGAAUGCGAAAUCAUACUGUACUUUGGCAAACUACUAAGAAAGUUACCUUCAUUUAAUUAGUGGUCAUUCAACAGAGCAUAUCUAUGUCAUCAUUUUACAAGGAAAUCAAAAAGUACAGUACCCAAGUUCAUACCGGGGCACCAUUGAUGAAUUCGUUCACAAAUAAUUCUAAAACUUCAUAUUUACCAUUGAUUACAACUAAAUCUCAAAACUCCAGAGGAUCAUCCUAUAAUCAUUUUUCUCCCUAUAAAUAAGAGAGGGAAGUGGUAGGAAUUCUGAAUUUAAGGUUCUCAGUGGGGAAGUUUUGGAAAUAAUAUGGGUUAAGAGCAAUAAAGACAAUAAGGGUUUAAACAAAAUGUUGUGAUCCUUAAGGUAUUUUUUGUGACACUGACUUUGAAACCUGUCAGUUCUCAAAAUGAUAUGGGCUGUUUUCAUUACUGAAUUUGUUUGGAAACCUUUUGACUUCAGAUUUCUCUUUUUGGUUCCCCAGAGCUCAGCCAUACAACUUAAUGAACCAUACUUUGUUCCCUGAUAUAAAUUUGAAGACCAAAUUAUGUACUUAUCCCACUUGACAUCAUUCAUAAUUCACUACAUUCCAAUUAAGGCUUGCCCACAUCUUACAUCCUAAAGAUUUCAAGAUUUCAGAGGGGUAGGUAGCAGGCAAGUCAAAACCAAUGAAAGAAUGUCCCCUGAAAAUGAACUUCUCUGACACUCCAUCAGUGAGUUUGUUUUGGUGCAACAUCCAUUUUUACAUUGUGGUGUGGUAGAUCACAGAAUCAGUACAAUUUUAACCUUUGACUUUAAGAGACAAGGUCUUUUAAAAUUGUGGGGAGAGGAAUUUUUUAUGGUGUUUGUUAAAGUGCUUACUGUGUACUCCAGUACUAAGCAUUGGGGUAGGUACAAGGUAAUCAGGGUGGACAUCAGUCUUAAUCCUCAUUUUACAGAUGAGUUAAUUGAGGCACAGAGAAACUAAGUGACUUGCCUAAGAUCACGUUGUUCUCAGUUUCAUUAUGAUGAAAGUGUAUUCCCCUAAGUUUUUACUUCAUUGGGGAAAAGCUUUUGUAUUUAUGGAAUAAAAGAAUCAUCCCUUUGUCACUAUAUAUUGUUGAAAUAGAAUAUUAAAAAAAUCCAGACCCACAACGUUGUCUUUUAUUCGGUCCCUUAGAAUAUAAAUGAGCUGAGGUGAUUCGUCAUUAAGGAUUUUGCAACCUAACCCGCAAUCCCUUUGGUGCUUUGACAUUUUAACCACAGGUGCAACUUAACUGUAGUAGACACUUGUCAUCAAAUGCCUUAAAGAAAGCUUGAAUUGUGGGUGGGUAGUGGGUGUUUUUUUUUGGCUCCAUUAAGGGUGUGAUCAUUCACCCAGAUUAGUUUAUUAUACAUUUUCAAAUUUCCACAAAAUGGUUAUAGCUGUCUCUUAUAGACCUUCAUGAAAAAAACAGUCCUUGAGGAGCUUGUGGUUUUUCAAGUGACAUGUUUUGUAGAAAGUUAGCUUACAAAAGCUGCCAGUUUUGCCCAUCAGUCCUUGGUCUUCCUUUAAAUUAAAUUGCACACUUACAGUUGUACUCAUCUAUGCGAUCCUAUUUUUUGGACUGUUCAUGCUCUUCUUUUAUCGGGUUUAACACUGAAUUUUUUUUUUUUUAAGCCAAAGUGUUAUGUUUGCGUAGAUGAGUUUGCUUUGUUUUCUUGAGUCAGUUGACUCUAAAGGGAACGCCAGUCUUGCCCUUCUGUCUUGCUUAAUUUUGGUUACUCACUGCAUCUGACUUGUAUUUACUUUAGUUUUAGUUUAAAGGGCUUAAAGAGGUUAUGGAAUUGGCUGCUUUUAGUUUUUGUUAUGGGAACCCUGGUGUAUUUCCUUAUGAAUGUUAAUAUUAUUUCAUUGUUGUGCAAUAGCUUGCCAAGUAUAUAACCAUUUCAUGCCCCAGUUCUGUCUUUUUAUUAAAGGGCUUUGUGGGUGGAGGAGUUGGGGAAUUUUUUGACAUUCUCCCCGCUUUACCAAUCAAUAUGUUCUUCCAAGCCAAUAAAGGUAGUAAAACCCUGA